CCAAGAGGGGGCGGGGGUGGGCACUAAGACUAAAUUAGUUUAUUUUGCAUUUAUACAAAUUAUAUUCAUCUAAAUAAGAUCAUAUUACUUUAUAAUUAUUAAAAUUGAGUCACACUCAUGUGAUAAUUGAUAAAUGGCAAGUCGUUUCUGCCGUCAUAAGACACUGAAUUAUGGUACGUACCUUUACCUUUUCACGUGACGUAUCACCAGGUCCCGGUUCAGACAGUUCAGACAGAGCAGGGGAAAACGCAGGUCGGAUUCCAGCUAGUUAACUCAGGCUAAAAACGGGGGAAAUGAUUUGGCGCUGUGUUAUUUGCUUUGUGUUCGUGGCUCUCACUCUCAAAUCUUUAUUGAGUCAUAUUAAUACUGCUCAUAGUCGCAGUCCAGAUUUUCGCGUUGUUUGUGGAAUUGAUGGAUGCACCAAAGAGUAUCGAGUCUACAACUCACUAUGGUAUCACAUUAGAAGAAACCACUACGAACACCUGGAAAGUGGCAGCAGCAACUCACGGAGAGAGAGGUCAACAGCAAGCCCGGAAGCCUCUUCAGCGGUGAAUGCGUGGGCUUACAGGCCAGCUGAUGCGACGGUACAAAUCAGAGAGCAUCAAACGGAUGAAGCAGUGGUGGAAAACAGGGUACAAGAUGUAAUGCCUGUUGGGUCAUGUCCUGCUGUAGACUCUUCUGCAUCAUGUCAGUCAGAGGAUGACAUCAGUUAUAACACUCUGACCAGACAAGCUACUGCUAUUAUGUUGACUGCAAGAGAAAAACACCAUCUUUCACAGAGAGGUGUGAAUGAUGUCUUGGCUGCAAUGCAGCAAUAUCAAGCCCUGUUGGUGACUAAUCUGAGGAGUCAGCUACAAACUGUAUUCCAGCAACAUCAAGGAAGUGAACUUGAAAAGGAAGCGAUGGCAGUAUUCGACCGGAUUGAGGAUCCAUUUUCCUCUGUUGCAACAACAUACAGGCAGGACAACGUGAUUAAGGAAAAUUUCAAUUUUGUGGAGUCAGAGGAGGUUACUGUUGGGUAUACUGCCUGCUUGAAGAAAAAAGGGACAAAAAGGGUCCUCUCCACAAGAACCAAAUGUUUUCAUUACGUACCUCUGAUUAAAAGUUUAGAACAGUUAUUGUCCCAUCCAAAAGUUUUAGAAAUGAUAGAUCAGCCGCAAAAAUACAGAAGUGGCGGUUAUCUGUAUGACAUCAUAGAUGGAGAGCUCAUGAAAUCACACCCUUUAUUUUCAGCCCGGCCCUCUGCUUUACAGAUAAUCAUUUACUCAGACGAAAUUGAAAUCUGCAAUCCACUUGGAUCUCAUGCUUCCAAGAAUAAGUUACUAAUGUUUUAUUAUACAUUAGGAAACAUUGAUCCAAAAUAUAGAUCAAAACUCGCUGCAAUUCGUCUACUUGCUAUUGCAAAGAAGAGAGAGUUGUCUCAUUCACAGCGGCGGGAGCGGGCAGACAGCUAA